AUGCGUGCCCGCGCCGCUGCUGCCGCCGCCCUGCUCACCGCCUGCACCCUGGUGCGGGAGGCGAGUGGUCACGGCCGUCUGAUGGACCCCCCGGCCAGGAACUCGCUCUGGCGGUUUGGCUUCCCGGGCAGCGUGAACUACAACGACAACGAGCUGUACUGCGGCGGCUUCGUCGUCCAGUACGAGCAGAACGGGGGCAAGUGCGGCGUCUGUGGCGACAACUACGCGCAGUCGGAGCCGAGACCACACGAGGCUGGUGGAGAGUUCGCCAAGGGCGUCAUCACCAAACGUUACGCCCCGGGACAGAUCAUUGACAUAGAAGUGGAGUUGACGGCCAACCACAAGGGAAACUUCGUGAUCCGCCUCUGUCCGCACAACAACGACAAGAAGACCGUGACGCAGGAGUGCCUCAACAAGCACGUGCUGAGGGUGGCCGGCACCAACUCGAUCCGCUUCAUCAUCCCUGACGACAGCAAAAAAUCGGAAACGUUCCGCUGGAAGGUGGAGCUGCCACCCUACUUGACGUGCAACCAGUGCGUGAUGCAGUGGACGUACUACGCCGGCAACACCUGGGGCACCUGUUCCAACGGGGAGGAAGCCGUCGGUUGUGGCCCGCAGGAGACGUUCAUCAACUGCGCAGACGUUGCCAUCAUCUCCAACUCGGGCUUCUUCGGACCAGUGGACAACAGUCUGAAGCUGAACCUGCCGUACACGAAGGCUGACGUGGCGAGGGUGACCGGCGACCAGAGCGACCGCUCGGAGCGGCCCAGCGAGCUGGCGUUCCGUGCGCAGGUCUGCAUUCCGCACGGCCAGUUCGCCCAGCUGCCGGAGGCGUCCGCGCGCUGCAUCCAGUGUCUGGCCGACCCGGCCGCCUGCCCCACGGACAAGUGCAUGUGCAUCUCGGAGUGCGAGGCCAUUGGAGAGUUCGCGCUGCGGCCCGAGGCCGGCCUCUACUGUCACGAGCACUGCCUGGGCUACCCGAGCCACUGCCCGGAGGACCGUUGCAAGUGCACGUGAACGACGACGUGACCGCUGGGGCGACGGUGGCGCCCCUACGGCAACACCGCGCGACGGGCAGCGCUAUCUACACCACGCGGGAGACUCACCGACUGCCCGGCGAAACGCCGUCCGGUGCAACUUAUCACGUGAUCAAAUCGGAUGACAGCCGCACCAAGCCCUACCUGCAGCGCAGUACGCCACUCAGAUGUGGAGUCCAUCUGCAGACAGCAGGUCCGUCGUGCGCAGUGACGACGCCGGCUCCGCGAGGUGUCGCCACCGUCGGUGAUAGGCGGGGACCGUCCGGACUCUGACAGCUGUUGCGACUGUGUAUCGGUGACGGACGGGAGGUCGUGUCAUGGUAUUGCUUAUGUGUGAAAAUCGCAACUCGGGCGGGCAGGUCGCACCGCCCCAAUAAACGGCAUAAACAGUC